CGGAACUACAAGUCCCAUUUCCACAACGCGGAAGUAGCACAACAACACAGAGAGAGGAGCAGUUUGAGAGGAAGAGAAGAUGUCUCAUGUGGGAAAGAAAAGAAAACUGGAUAAAAGCCGACAGGACUCACUUUACUUUGACAGCUACACCGAUGUGACCAUCCACGAGGAGAUGAUAGCGGACCACGUGCGCACUAACACAUACCGGAUGGCGAUCCUGCGGAACAGUGAGAUGAUCCGGGGGAAGGUGGUCCUGGAUGUGGGGGCAGGAACCGGCGUCCUCAGCAUGUUCUGUGUGCAGGCCGGGGCGAAGAAGGUGUACGCGGUGGAGGCGUGCUCCAUCGCGGAGCAGGCCGUGAACAUCAUUAAGCAGAAUAACAUGGAGGACCGGAUAGAGGUGAUCCGGGGCACGGUGGAGACUGUGGAUUUACCGGAGCAGGUGGAGGUGAUAGUGAGUGAGUGGAUGGGUUAUGCCCUCCUGCACGAGUCCAUGUUGAACUCUGUGCUGCACGCGCGUGACAGGUGGCUGAAACCAGGUGGGCUGAUCUUACCAAGCAAAGCUGAGCUCUACAUCUCCCCCAUCAGUGACCCCGUGGUGGAGGACCGGCUCCACUUCUGGUUCACUGUGAAAGACCAGUACGGUGUGGACAUGUCCGCUAUGAGCGGGUUCGCCCGUAAGUGCAUCAUGAACUCUGACAUCACCGUGAACCCCGUGACCGUGGAGGACGUGCUGUCACACCCGGCCCGCUUCGCAGAGCUGGACCUGAACUCUGUCACAUCGGAAGACCUCAAGUCCGUGAAAGGGAAGUUCACUUGCGAGUCUUUCGGUUCUGCAGCAGUCAACGCCUUCUGUGUCCACUUCACGGUCACCUUCCCGUGCCCGGACAAGCCUCUGGUGCUGUCCACGUCCCCGUUCAAACCGGAGACGCAUUGGAAGCAGGCGGUGCUGUACCUGGACGCUCCGGUUGAGGUGGUGCAGGACACGGUGGUUACCGGAGAGAUCAGCAUGUACCCCUCCGAGCAGAGCGCGAGACACAUCUGCAUCCAUGUGGACUACACGAUAGGAGAGCAGAAGAGACAAUCCAAGACUUUCUCCAUCCCGGACUGGAGCAGUGAAACUCAGUGAGACGUUCAGGGUUCAGGCUCACUGAGAUCCAAAUGUCUGAUUCAUGUGUAUCCAGUAGUUUCUGGAUUCAUUGUUUAGGUUCUUUUAAAGUAAUAAAAUGAUGAAAACGAGGACCAGUGUGUCCAGAAGCCCAACAUGAAA